AGUUGUGAAUUGUAAAAGACGUACUGAACAUAUAACAAACAUUCGAUUAUGUUUUCUGUAAUAAUGGCGUCGAUUAGGUCUCUCCUCAAAACACUUUUCGAUCAAUUCAUCCACAAAGAUUUCCAUGAAGCCGUUGCUAAGAUGACUCUCAUAGACGCUUUCCUCUUCCUUAUUGUUCACUCCAUUGAUAAGUUGGGAAUAUGGCCUCGAUUACCAGUGAUCUUAGGUCUCUUCUAUCUGGGAAUUCGCCGGCACCUUCAUCAAGAGUACAACUUGUUCAACGUCGGUAGAUCUGCGGUCGGGGUUCGGUUUAACCCCAUGGAUUAUCCAUAUAGGGCUGCUGAUGGAAAAUACAAUGAUCCCUUUAAUGGAGAUGCCGGCAGUGAAGGAACUUUCUUUGGUAGAAAUGUUCUUCCUGUUGAUCAAAAGAAGAAGCUAAUAAAACCAGAUCCAAUGGUGGUGGCCACAAAGCUUCUUGCUCGGAGAAAAUUCAUAGACACAGGAAAGCAAUUCAACAUGAUAGCAGCUUCUUGGAUUCAGUUUAUGAUACAUGAUUGGAUCGAUCACUUGGAAGACACCAAGCAGAUUGAGCUGACUGCACCUAGAGAAGUUGCAAACCAGUGCCCUCUCAAGUCAUUCAAGUUUUACAAGACAAAGGAGGUUCCAACCGGCUCUUACGAUAUCAAAUCUGGUGCACUAAACAUUCGUACACCAUGGUGGGAUGGAAGUGCUGUUUAUGGGAGCAAUGCAGAAAAGUUGCAAAAAGUAAGAACUUUCAAAGAUGGGAAGCUUAAAAUAUCAUCAGAUGGGCUUCUCCUCCAUGACAAAGAUGGAGUUGCUGUGUCAGGAGAUGUUCGUAAUAGUUGGAUUGGUGUCUCAACAUUGCAAGCCCUUUUCAUUAAAGAACACAAUGCAGUCUGUGACGCUCUCAAGAGAGAAUAUCAUCACUUGGAUGAUGAAGAGUUGUAUCGUCAUGCAAGGCUAGUGACAUCUGCAGUUAUUGCAAAGGUCCAUACCAUAGAUUGGACGGUGGAGCUCCUCAAAACUGAUACGUUGCUUGCAGGGAUGCGAGCCAAUUGGUAUGGUUUGUUGGGAAAGAAAUUCAAGGACACAUUUGGACAUGUUGGAGGAGCCAUCUUAGGAGGUUUCGUGGGUCUAAAGAAACCAGAUAAUCAUGGUGUUCCUUAUUCAUUGACUGAGGAGUUUGCUAGUGUUUAUCGGAUGCACUCGCUUUUACCCGAUUAUCUUCAUUUAAGAGACAUCUCAGCUGCACCCGGGCCAAACAAAUCUCCGCCAUUGUUCGAAAAGGUUCCUCUACCAAAAUUGAUUGGUCUUAGAGGAGAAACGGCCUUGGUAGAAAUUGGGUUUGAAAAGCAAAUGGUUUCAAUGGGCCACCAAGCUUCUGGGGCCCUGGAGCUUUGGAACUAUCCUACAUGGCUUAGAGACCUUAUACCACAAGAUGUGGAUGGCCGAGAUAGGCUUGAUCAUGUGGACUUACCAGCCCUUGAAGUGUAUAGGGAUAGGGAGAGGAAUGUUGCAAGGUAUAAUGAGUUCCGUAGGGCAUUACUAUUGAUACCAAUUUCAAAAUGGGAAGAUCUAACGGAUGAUAAAGAAACAAUUCAAACGCUUGAGGAAGUGUACGGUGAUGAUGUUGAAGAACUCGAUUUGCUUGUGGGUCUCAUGGCAGAGUAGAAGAUCACAGGAUUCGCAAUUAGUGAAACAGCUUUUAUAAUAUUCUUACUAAUGGCAAGCAGGAGGCUGGAAGCAGAUAGGUUCUUUACAAGCAAUUUCAAUGAGGAGACAUACACGAAAAAAGGACUUGAAUGGGUUAAUAAUACAGAGAGUUUGAAGGAUGUGCUAAAACGUCAUUAUCCAGAAAUGGUAGAGAAAUGGAUGAACUCUACAAGUGCUUUCUCGGUGUGGGAUUCACCUCCAAAUGCUGACAAUCCAAUCCCACUCUAUCUUCGUGUUGCUCAGUGAUUCUCAUUUUUCACAACCAUGCAUAUGGCUUAAAGUUACUGUCUCUAUUUUACCUUCUGCCUUAAAAAAAAUGUAGGACUACUUCAAUAAACCACUAGCUUAAGAAAAAAAAUGUAGGACUACUUCAAUAAACCAUUAGCUCUAAAUAAGGGAGAUAACAU